AUGAAGGAACGCAGUGCCGAGCUGCGCUUCCACCCCGUCAUGCUGGCGAUGCUGAUGGUGAUGGUUAUGAUUGGCUUCGCGCUGGGCUACCAUCAUGGCGUGAAGGCGUGGGAAAAGGAUUUUGUGAACAAAUACGAGCAAAGCCAUGGGCGCGAGCUGCAUGCUGGCUCCAUGCUUGGGGUUUGUGGCGACGAGCUUUUCCUUCUUAGCAACAAUGUCUCGUCGAAGAACCAAACCAUCCAUGCCGUACAGAACGAGAAUGCAGGAAUUGAGCAGGAAAUGAAGAAGCUUUCGCAGGAGUUCAAGUCUGUCACGGAUCUGGUGGAUAAGUGCCGGGCUGAGAUCACCAUCAUCGGCGAAGAGGGAAGCAGGAGGGAUGGGGAUCCCCACUUGGAGUUGAAGGCGAUAGAAAACGAGCUACGCGUUCUGAGGGAGCUGUUGAGCAACCUGACGGAGGGUGAGGGGAUGCACAGAGUACAUAUUCAUGGGUUACUGGGAUCCAUGCGGGAAAAGCACAAACACUUCUGCGGCAGGCUCCCAGGAUGCACGUUGCUCUCCGAUGAAUCCAUCUUGCGGCGAUGGAAAGAAGUCCUUUACAAUUCUUCCCAAAGAAGGAUGCUGAAGGAGGCAGAUCGCAUGCGGAGGAUGAAGUGGAGGUAUGACAAGCAGACCCCGCAAGAAAGGGAAUCCAUCUACUUCUCGGGGAGGGAAGAAGGGGGAAAGGUUCCCACUUAUUUUGGCCGCACUGGCAACUCCUCACUGCUGUUGGCUCAGGGUCAAAUGUCUCAGGUGGUUGUGUCCACCGCCCUGGAACGCGUGCUGCUUCUUCAGCGGUUCGCUCUCUGCGCCUACCGCACAAAUAACCCUAACAUCACUUUCCCCUCCAUCUUCCAAUGGAGCGCGAGCUCUGAAAACACCGUUGCCGAUCUGCGUGAUUUGGUAGAAACACCGCUUCUCACUUUCUGUAUGGAUUGCGCGGAGGUGGAAAUCACGAGUGACAUUGCGCAGUUGUGUUUAAAGGCUCCAGAGGGCGAAAACGGAUACGGUAAACGCGACUUUUGGGCCAUGCGAUCCAUGCUGCUUCCACACUCGGGCGUGGUCCAUGAUGCAAAGAACUUCUACACAGCACACGCACUCACAAACCGAAAAGUGUUGGCUGUUGUGGCGCAUAAUUCAGUACGUGACUGCCUUGCACAUUUCGAUGAUCCACGCGGGGACCACUUUUUGUACCUAUUGGCCAAUUUCCCGGAAGGAAGGACACGUUUUGAGAAUCAUGUGAGUAACAACACUCUACAUCAGUGCUCCCCGACGGCGGCGCAGUUGGCAAAGCGCAUCACACAAGUCUUGGAAGAGGGAAAAUUGGAUGGCGUCAAUUCAAGCUUUGACGCCGUGUACAUGAGCGUGUCCAGUGAGAUAUGGAAGGAGUUACGGGGUAUUGAGAAGAAACUUCCGUGGUGGGGAAUGGCGUUGUUCCGCCAGGGUGAAAUUGCCAGCGCCCACGAUGAGUUAGUGGAUUUGACUAUCAUUGGAAGAGCGCAUGGGAUUCUUGUGAGUCCGUUCCUCGCUCCCAGUCAGUACGUUCUGGAGAGUUUCUUGCUCUCGCAUGGGCUGCAGCCCAUGGGCCGAGUGUGGUUCUUUUAG